AUGGCGUCCGUGACCAACAACGACCAUGUCAAUAUAUACGCGACGAUUUCUGACUCGGUGGAUGACCCGCUGUCUCGAAGUCGUCCUCCCGAUGUUGAAGCGCCGACUCUGGCACCAACCCAGGAGAAACAAAGUAAGUACGCUCACGGUUUCAUGAAAGGUUGUAAAAAGAAGCUGGGGUUUGCCUCCCUGGUGCUGUUGAUCGUCAUCCCGGUGGCUUAUGUCGUCGUAGCCUUCAGAACUGGGCAAAGCAACGAAAUUGUCCCAGGGUUUAGCUACAACGCAAGCCGCUCGUACUCGGCGCUGUUGUGGAAAACCAUGAAAGAAAGCCUCCAUAUUCGUGUAAGACCGCAUGGAACACCCCCACACCAAGACAUCGUUCUAACGACGACUGUCCGACCACUCCGUGGCACUGCAAUAGAUCUCCCUUACGCCUCCAAGAAGCUUGAACAUCUCGACUCUCAAAAUACGUCUCUGAUCAUGAACAUGACAGCAAUGCCUGGCGUCCAAACAGAAGAACCCGACACCACACCCCCCGCAGGCGGGAGCCAUUCCACGGCGAUGGUGCACGGAGCUGUAACAGUCGCACACUACCGACAGUUGCCAUCCUUGGCCACCAGCGCACCGCCACCAUCGGGGACGAGAUCGACCGGAGUCGACACAGAUCCUCGGGCAUUCUCCAAGAACACGCCGAUGGGUGACCCUAAGACCCCUCGCUCCAAGCUACCCGCCGUGCUUACAAUGAUCGCAACUGCUGGCACUAGUGAACAGCAAUCUCCCGACUCUCCGAAAACAACUCCGCUACCGAAAUCACCGAACAUAAUAACGACAAUGUCUGCUGUGUCUGUGUCAACAACAGAACACCAGGCUCGUACAAAGGUACCAAAGGACAACCCCGCUUUACCCACCACCUCAGGGCACUAUCUCAAGGACCUGGUGCAGGGAGCUGUGAUAUUUACACCCUACCGACGGUUGCCGUCCGCCAGCGCACCGCCCCCACCAGAGACGGAACCGACAGGAGUUGACACAGAUCCUCGGGCUUUCUCGGCCAAGACGCCGCCGAUGAGAGACCCACAGACCCCUCGCUCCAAGCCACCUGCCGUCCUGUCAAUGAUGUCCACUCCUGGCACAAGUGAGCAGCAGCCUCUUGAAUCCCCGGAAACAACUCCGCCACCGAAAUCACCGACCAUAACCACAACGACAAUGCCUGAUACUCACACAGAAGACCUGGCUCGUACACAAGUACCCGGGAAUAGCCCCACCUUACUCACCACCACAGGGCACUAUCCCAAGUAUGUGGUGAAGGAGUCUGAUACAUACAAAGGACAGAUAACUACCGAAGAGGCAGCACCACUGUCAGAGACAGGGGGUGGUACACGUGAACACCCUACCACUACCAGCACGACUCACGAAAAAACUGCCUUGUCGACCCGGCCGCCUAUGAUUUCGGAUGAACCGGACAUUGAUCUAAAGCAACCAAAUACAGCUGCCAUUCCGAGACACCUGAAAAAGGCCAACGAGAAGGAAAGGAAAUGCUCACAGUAUAAAUGCUUUGGCGGACAGACGGUUGCACCGACUCAGAUGUUGACUGACAAAACAGAUCAACCGUACUUUUCCAAGAUUCUGUCGCAGGCCAACCUGCCAACCCCUCGCCCAAAGACAACCGUUUUCCUCCCCACGCCGCUAUCAAAUGGCUCGAUUAAUCAGAGGAAUUCAGUUGACUCCACGGCUGCGUCUUUGUCCCUGAAACGACCAACAAUAACUAGGAAAAUACCUGGGAUGCAUGCAAAAGAUACCACCAGUGAUCCAUCGGGCAUUUUCAAAACGAUUUGGACCACCGGACACUAUCCUCCCUACAAGACAAAGGCACACAACCAGCAGAUGCAGACCGAUACAACGCCAACACCGUCCAAGAUUGGCGAAGCUGUACCUUAUCACCACCCACCCGACGCGUCGACUAAGCUACCUGAGGUCAUCCUGCCAAAUCGUCACCGUAUGCACGGCAAUCAGGCUGCCACGGAAGAAGCGGAGGGCACUCUGUACGUCGGGUUGGAAGCAUGUACAGCGGCCACCCCGCCAAGUCGUCACCCUAUGCAGGUCAACCAGGCUACGGGAAAAACUUCGGCAGCACCACCGACAGAAAGGCGUUGA